ACAGAUUAUAUAGAAUGGAUACCUUAUAGUGAACUUGAAAUUAUGAAGCAAAUUGGCGAAGGUGGAUUUGGUACAGUUUACUUUACAAUAUGGAAAGGUGGUGGCCCUUUAACUAUGAUAAGAAGAAAAAUUGAAAGAUUAUGGCAAUUUGAAGAAAAAUAUAAUAGAGAAUCUGGGCAUUUAGAUGAAGAGGUAAGCAAUAAUUUAAGACAACAUUAUGCUGCUAUUAAAAUACUUAAAAAUUCAGAUACCAAUACUAUGGAAAAAUUUUUAAAAGAGUUAAAAGCGUAUAUAAAAUGUGUUACUACACUACAUCUUCAAAAAGUAAUGGUUAGAUGUUACGGUAUCAGUCGAGAACCGACUAUGGGAAAAUAUAUAUUUGUAAUGGAAUUGAAAACAAACGGAAAUUUGCGACAAUAUUUAAAAAAGAAUUUUUCAGUACUUAAAUGGUAUGAUGAUAAAUUAAAAAUAUUAGCUAAUUUAUCUAGUGGAUUAAAAGCAAUUCACGAAGCAGAACUUGUACACCGUGAUCUUCAUGCUGGCAAUAUUUUAAUUGGACAUGAUAAAAAUGCACAUAUAACAGAUUUAGGAUUAUGUUGUUUAGAAAAUGAACAAAAAUCUAAAUUUAGCUAUGGCGUAUUACCAUUUAUUGCUCCCGAAGUUUUAAGAAAUCAUAAGUAUACUUUCGCUUCCGAUAUUUAUAGUUUUGGAAUAAUUAUGUGGAUGUUAACAACUGGACAACUUCCUUUUGCCAACUAUGAAUAUGAUCAGUUAUUAGAAAUAGAAAUAUGUAAAGGCAAAAAACCUAGAAACUCCUAAAUGUUAUAGAGAGUUAAUGGAAAGAUGUUGGAAUUCUGAUUCAUCAAAAAGACCUUUAGCUAGUGAAUUGUAUAAUACAAUUAAGUCGUGGUAUCUUGGUAAAUGUUAAAAAUGCUGAUCGAUUUCCCGCAUUAAGUGCAUUAAGUGCAUAUGGGCUAAUUUGUCUACCUUUAAUUAAAAUA